AUGUCGAACGGCCAACCGCCACAACGAGAGGACUCAUCGUCCCUCCGAGAACGAAUCGUCGAUAUUCUUAGUCCUGGCUCGCCCUCAAGGAGACCUUCGACGGAUCACAACCAUGGACCUAGCCACGGUACUUCCGAAGAUCACGAUCAUGAUGGACUCAAUGAAACAAGUCGCUUGCUAGAAGAUUACGACCGAAGACACUCCGUGUGUGGACUGCCAGACUGCAACCAUGGCACAUUCUCCCCGAAACCUGAACAACAGGAGCCGAGCUCUCUUGCAGGCAGUUACUUGUGGGGGACAAGAACUCCUCGAUUCAUACCGUCUGGAUUACAAACACCGGCUACCGAUGGUACCUCUGUCACGAACAGGCUAGUUGCAGAGAUGGGCUUGAAGAAUAGUAGGAGAAUGUACCUCUCUUACUACAUUCCCUUUGUCAACUGGAUUACCCAAUACCGAUGGGAGUUUCUCCGGGGCGAUCUAGUAGCCGCAUUGACCAUAUCCUCCGUUUAUAUCCCCAUGGCACUAUCCCUAUCCUCGAAUCUUGCUCAUGCGCCUCCAAUUAACGGCCUAUACUCCUUUAUCGUUCAACCGCUCCUUUACGCUAUACUUGGAAGUAGUCCACAGUUGAUUGUCGGACCGGAGGCAGCAGGGUCGCUUCUUGUGGGAACCGUCGUCAAAGCAACUGUUGAAUCUGGUCAUUCACACGAAGGAGAUGCCCUGAUGCACGCCCAGAUAGUCGGUUUAGUGACGUGUCUGUCAGGAGCGUUUAUUUUGAUUGCUGGAAUAUCUCGUCUUGGUUUCUUGGAUAAUGUGCUCAGCCGGCCUUUCUUGCGAGGCUUCAUCACUGCCAUUGGAUUCGUCAUUAUGGUAGAUCAGCUUAUUCCAGAGAUGGGGCUGAUGGAAAGGGCUCGCGGCGUAAAUCAUGCAAGCACUGUAGAAAAGUUGAUUUUCAUCAUCGAUCACGGGAAAUAUGCUCAUAAACUCACGACAAUUGUGGCGUUUUCAAGCUUUGCUAUCAUUAUGGUCUUCAGAACCUUGAAGCAAAAACUUUCAAAACGUCUUCCACAAGUUGUGUACUUUCCAGAUCGUCUCAUAGUGGUUAUCCUUUCAGCCGUACUCACUUGGUACUUUGAAUGGGACAAAAAAGGCCUCGAGGUCCUUGGCAACGUCAAGCCCGACGAAUCCGGUGGAUCCGGGCUUUUCCAGUUUCAUUGGCCGUUUCGUCCCAGUCAGAUGGUUCACAUUCGUUCUUCUCUGAGUACUUCUUUUAUGAUUGCCCUGCUUGGCUUUUUUGAAUCUUCGGUUGCUGCCAAGGGACUCGGAGAUGGUGAUCGUGACGGGAUUAAAGGUGCUCCGGUAUCAGCAAACCGCGAAAUGGUAGCAUUGGGCAUGGCUAAUGUUACUGGCGGCUUGUUCACGGCUCUCCCAGCCUUUGGUGGGUAUGGACGGAGUAAAUUUAAUUCGUCUGCUGGAGGACGAACUCAAAUGAGCGGUAUUUUUCUCAGCCUUAUCACAUUGGGUGUUGUCGUCUUUUUCCUGGACUAUUUGUACUAUUUGCCGAAAGCUGUGCUAUGUGCAAUGAUUUCAGUAGUCGCCUACUCUUUGGUCGAAGAAUGUCCGCAUGACUUGCGGUUCUUCAUUCAAGUUCGAGGCUGGUCAGAACUCGUAUUGAUGAUUUUGAUCUUCUUGUCGACAAUCUUCUAUUCUCUAACGAUGGGUAUCGCCCUGGGCUGUGGCCUAUCCCUCCUGCGUGUCAUUCGACAUGCCACAAAACCACGAAUCCAGAUUCUCGGCAAAGUUUCGGGGACUCCAAAUCAAUUCGAGAAUGCCGAGCUGUAUCCCGAGAAAGUCGAGUUCAUUGAAGGCUGUCUGAUCGUCAAAAUUCCCGAACCCCUCACAUUCGCAAACACCGGAGAUCUCAAAAGUCGUCUUCGUCGCUUAGAGCUCUAUGGAACGAGUCGUGCCCACCCGGCUCUUCCACGAGUCAGACCACCAGGAAGCGACAGAAAUGUUAUUUUUGACGUCCACGGAGUAACCAGCAUCGACGCCUCCGGCACUCAAGUUCUACUAGAGAUUGUAGAAAACUACGUGAACCGCGGAGUACGCGUAUUCUUCUGCCGCUUGCCUUCACUCAACGGCUCCGUCUUCCAACUCUUUGAGCGCAGUGGAAUAGUCGACAAAUGCGGGGGACCAACACAUUUCGUCCCAGGCGUGGAUGAAGCUUUGCGUUUGACUGAAAUUGAGGAUCUGCAAGAAGGUCUUGUAUAA